UCUUCUUCUUCUUCCUUCCUGUUUCAGUCUUUCAUGUGCUCUGCCGUUAUUAGAACAAGGAUUGCGUUUGAUCUGAUGGAAGGAUUGGAAUCUGUCUACGCUCAAGCUAUGUAUGGAAUGUCACGAGAGAGCAAAAUCAUGGAGCAUCAAGGAUCGGAUUUGAUUUGGGGAGGAAACGAGCUAAUGAUGGCUAGAGGACUCUGUUCUUCUUCUUCUUCUUAUCACCAUCAACUCAUUAAUCCGAAUCUUAGCAGCUGUUUCAUGUCUGAUCUUGGUGUUAUUGGUGAGGUUCAACAGCAGCAACAUGUUGGAAACAGAGCUGGUUCGAUAGAUCCAUCAUCGCUCGAUUGUUUAUUAUCAGCAACGUCGAACAGCAACAACACUUCAACGGAAGACGAUGAAGGUAUCUCUGUGCUUUUCUCAGAUUCUCAGACUCUUUGGAGCUUUGGUGGAGUCUCCUCUGCAGAGUCUGAGAACAGAGAGAUCACUACCGAGACGAAAACAACAGCGAUAAAGCCUAAGUCUUUGAAGAGAAACAGAGGAGGAGACGAGAAAGGAAGUCACUUCCGUCUUGUUCGUCCUCAAGAUGAUUCGGAGAAGGGAGGUUUCAAGCUCAUAUACGACGAGAACCAAUCGAAAUCCAAGAAACCAAGAACAGAGAAAGAACGAGGCGGUUCAUCAAACAUUAGUUUCCAACAUUCAACUUGUGUCUCUGAUAAUGCCGAGCCGGAUGCAGAGGCGAUCGCGCAGAUGAAGGAGAUGAUAUACAGAGCUGCUGCAUUUAGACCGGUGAAUUUUGGUUUGGAGAUUGUUGAAAAACCUAAGAGGAAGAACGUGAAGAUAUCUACGGAUCCUCAGACAGUUGCAGCGAGGCAGAGAAGGGAGAGGAUAAGUGAGAAGAUUAGGGUUUUGCAAACAUUGGUUCCAGGUGGGACGAAGAUGGACACUGCUUCAAUGCUUGAUGAAGCUGCUAAUUAUCUAAAGUUCCUUAGAUCGCAAGUAAAAGCUUUAGAAAACUUGAGACCCAAGAUUGAUCCAACCAAUCUCUCAUUCUCCUCUGCUCCUCCUACGUUCCCUUUAUUCCACCCAUCUUUUCUUCCUUUACAAAACCCUAAUCAGAUCCAUCAUCCAGAGUGUUGAACAGUUACAAAAAUCUAUGUAUUUGAUUUGAUUGGAA